AUGGACCAAGAAGGUAUCGGGCCGCUGCACUCCGCGUGCUUGGAUGCCGAUUUCAUGACGCUCGAGGUGUUGUUGAAGAGGGGCGAGUACGACGUCGAAGCACGCACUAGAACGUGUGGUUACACGCCUCUUUUGCUUGCCAUGCCAUACGGCCUGCGUUCGAAAAAACUUCUUCUAUCUUUCGGAUGCAACGUUAAUGCUAAGGACUUCAGGGGGAGGACUGCAAUAAUGCAUGCAGCGUUCCAUGGUUCCCUCGAGAUGAUGGAGCUUUUGAUCGACGAGGUUGGUGAUAUCCACUCGACGGACAAAGACGGGGACACGCUUCUGGAACUCGUUAUACGGUCAAAACACUUGGGCGCACUGCGUCUUCUGCUCGACCGCGGUGUCUGUGUCAACUCGUUUGACCACAUGGGCUUUGUUCCGUUGCACGCUGCGUUAGUACACGGGGGAGUACCGGCAACAAAAAUGCUAGUCAAUGCGGGGGCCGAUCCAUUCCCUGGGACAGUUUAUUCGGCACGAGGUCCACAGUGUCCCGUGAGUCCCUUAAGCAACGCAGCGAGCAACGGGAAUGCCGACGUCGUCCGUUUUCUGGUCGAACGCGUCGGGCUGGUUAAUUGUGGGGGGGACGAAGAGGGUCGGAGAGCACUCACAAGGGCGGCCGAGGUUGGUCAUGUUGACGUGAUAUGGGCCCUAUCGAGUCCCUUUGGUGGGGGUCACCGCGAGUGCAUUCAAUUCUUGAUCUCCCGGUACGAUAGGGGUAAGGACGACGCCGAUUCAGAGGGACGUACCAUCGUCGCGAGUGCGAUAAAAGGGCUGAUGUAUAUAGAGGUACAGUGGCUCCUAGAGAAGGGAAUCGAUGUUUCUUAUUGUCCGGUGAUUUUAGACGUCAUUCAAACGUUAAAUCAGGAUGAGUUGGAUGGCGAGGGGUAUAAAAGGUUCAAGGCCGCGAUCUACGCGCUGUACCGGGCGCCGGCGGUCCAGUCGGUCUCGUGGGGUUGGGUGGUCGUGAAAUUCAAAACUUGCGCAAAAAAAAUAGAAUCAAGAGGACUCGGGCAACGGUUGCAUGGAGCAGGCGGCGGCCAGGGAGGGUGGUUCUGCGAGGCCUCUUCAGGUUUGCCGAGAGAAUGGACGAGGUAA